UUUGUUUACUUCAAAUUUUUUAACUUUCUUUUAAAAAAAUAAAGUCUUGCUCCUAUUCUUUCGAUCCUGAAAACAAUCUAGUGCUUCCCAUUUUUGGUGCUCUUUCUUCUGUGCAGUGUGAAUUUUGGUCUUGCGAUUUUUCCGGCAAUUUUUCAGGCGUCCCUAUCUUGAGAAUUAACGGUGAACUUCACUGAUAUUACUUGGAUGGGGAAGGGUUCCAAGAGUGGUGCAUGCAAAUCAGCAUCGCACCAGCUCUUCAAGGACAGAGCGAAGAAUCGUGUGGAUGAUCUGCAAGGCAUGUUCAGCGAUCUUCAAUCGGCCAGGAAGGAGAGCCGCACAAUCGAUGUGGCUGUGCUUGAAGAGCAAGUUCACCAGAUGCUUCGAGAAUGGAAGGCCGAGCUCAAUGAGCCCUCUCCAGCUUCUUCCUUGCAGCAGGGAGGGAGUCUGGGCACAUUUUCGUCCGAGAUUUAUAGGCUGCUGCAGCUUUGUGAGGAGGAAGAUGAUGCAACGAGUACAUUAGCUGACCCAAAGCCAGAGCCUGAUGCCCCGAAGGUUGUGAAUGGAUUUACUUCUCAAGAAGGUUUCAAUAUGUCUGAAGGCCCUCAAGAGCAAGCCUUCCCGCUGGUUGAUCAGUGCAAAAGCACUGGUGUGGGAGUUAACAAUAUGGGAAUGAAUAAUAUGGCUCCGCCAAGGCAAUUAGAUUAUCAUUCAUAUGAUUUCCACCAAGAAUUUGAGCAGCAGUAUUUCUCAGGGUUCGACAAUGCCACUUUUGUUGAGGAUGAUAGUAUGCCUCAGAUAUCAGGCUAUGGGCAGAAUGUCUGCCCUCCACCUUCUGCUUUUUUAGGGCCAAAAUGCGCCCUCUGGGAUUGUCCCAGACCCGCGCUUGGGUCAGACUGGUCUCAGAAGUCUGAUGACUAUUGCAGCAUCUAUCAUGCUGGGCUAGCACCAAGUGAAGGCUACCCUGGUACUCCUCCAGUUGUACGACCUGGUGGGAUUGGCUUAAAAGAUAACUUACUUUUUGCUGCCCUUAGUGCAAAGGCACAAGGGAAAGAUGUUGGUAUUCCUGAAUGUGAAGGUGCUGCUACUGCAAAAUCCCCUUGGAAUGCACCUGAACUCUUCGACCUUACUGUUUUGGAUGGUGAAACAAUCAGAGAGUGGCUGUUUUUUGAUAAGCCCCGCAGAGCAUUUGAGAGUGGGAAUAGAAAGCAAAGAUCUUUGCCAGAUUAUAAUGGAAGGGGUUGGCACGAGUCAAGAAAACAAGUGAUGAAUGAAUUUGGAGGUUUGAAGAGAUCCUACUACAUGGACCCACAGCCGAUGGAAAAUUUUGAGUGGCACCUCUAUGAAUAUGAAAUCAACAAAUAUGAUGCGUGUGCAUUGUAUAGACUGGAGGUCAAGCGUGUGGAUGGGAAGAAGACUCCCAAAGGUAAAUUAAAUAAUGAUUCUGUUGCUGAUCUGCAAAAGCAAAUGGGCAGGCUGACUGCUGAAUUUCCAAACAAUAAGCAGCGGUUUGUCAAGGCAAGGGGAAAAGCCAAUAUGAAGGAUGGAAUGGGAAGCAUUUACUCUGCUUCUAAUGCUUUGGCAAGUCCAGGUGAAGGGUUUGACUAUGUAAGAGGUGCACCAUAUGAUUAUCUUGUCGGCAACAUAAAUGGGUACUAUUUGACAUGAUUAAGUAACUUUAUAUGCACCUGGAAUAAGUGACAUUUUGUUGUUGAAGUAUAUACAUCGCUCCUUCGUCUUUCACUGAAGCCUCAGGGAAGUGAUGGAGCUUUAAAUUUCUUAUUGCUUCCUGUCAUUGGCGGAUCCUGGAUCAAGACCUCAGAUACAGCAGGUAUUGUCUAUAGUUCAUUGCCACCUAAUUACAGUUCAAGGCUGACAUAUACCAUAUUGGACCGUAUUUAAAUGCUCAGAUACGGCAGAUGAAACCAAAAGUGGCUGUUACUUGGUUCGCCUUAUUAAUUUCUUAUUAUGGUGAACACUACAACACUGCAAUGUAAUUCUGCUGCAAGUUGUAGAGAAAUUUGUUCAAACCUGACAAUCUCAGCCCCAUGUAAUUGACCAUGGUUAUGUAGAAUGCAUAUCUUGACUUCUGUUGGUGUGC